UUCGUCCUCAGUGCUCCCCUGUUCUCUUCUCUCACUACAGACUUCACAUGGUCCCUCCAACCUGAUGAGUGAUGUCCACUGAGCCUCAAGGAGAAGCCCGGAGAGAGAAGACAUUUUUUUUCUGGAUGUCUAAAGACCCCAAAUCUCAAGAAGAUCCUAAGGCACAAAAACACAAGGAGCACCAAUGGGACACCAGAGAAGAGAACAGUUCUCAACUUUGAGUUCCUUCAGUGCGACCUGAGGAGGAUGAGAUGAUCUGAUGUUAAUUAAACGCCCUGUUGAAAAGACGUCAUGUUGUCUGCGUGGGGACCUGGUGCCUUGGCUCUUUUCCACAGUGUCAUAAUAGUGACUGCACUGAUAGACUCUGAUGAUGUCAUUACACGAGAUGAGCAGAUCUACGUCCUGAUUGGUGCUCACGCCAAAUGUGAGAGGAACAUCCAGGCACAAAUGCUUCUGGUAAAAGAAAGUGACUGUAUCCCAGAGUGGGACGGGAUCAUCUGCUGGCCGAGGAGCAGAGCGGGUCAGCUGGUGUCAGUGCUGUGUCCAGAGUACAUCUACGACUUCAACCACAGAGGACGAGCCUACCGCCACUGUGACGUGUCGGGGAACUGGGAGCAGGUGCCAAGUAUCAACCGCACUUGGGCUAACUACACCGAGUGCACCACAUACUUGACCUCCAACCACAGGAGCCAGGAGGAGAAGGUGUUUGAGAGACUCCACCUCAUGUACACUGUUGGCUACUCCAUUUCUCUAGCAUCGCUGCUGGUGGCAGUCUCCAUCCUCUGCUAUUUCAAGCGUCUCCACUGCACACGCAAUUACAUCCACAUUCACCUCUUCACCUCCUUCAUAUGUCGAGCUGUCAGCAUUUUUGUGAAGGACGCCGUGCUUUACUCCAUAUCUGAAGACAGAGAGGCUGAGCCUGAGUUCACUGCACAGAAGCCUCAUAUGGCCGGCUGUAAAGUUGCUGUUACACUCUUCUUUUAUUUCCUGGCGACCAAUCAUUACUGGAUCCUGGUGGAGGGCUUAUACCUACACAGCCUCAUCUUCAUGGCCUUCCUCUCUGACAAGAACUACCUGUGGGCCCUCACCAUCAUCGGCUGGGGUGUUCCAGCUGUGUUUGUAUCCGUCUGGGUCAGCGCACGAGCGUCGCUGGCAGACACGCAGUGUUGGGACAUCAGUGCAGGAAAUCUGAAGUGGAUCUAUCAGGUUCCCAUUCUGGCAGCCAUUGUUGUGAAUUUCCUUCUCUUCGUCAACAUAAUUCGUGUACUGGCCUCCAAACUGUGGGAAACAAACACUGGUAAAUUGGACCCUCGGCAGCAAUACAGGAAGCUACUCAAGUCCACAUUAGUCCUCAUGCCCUUGUUUGGAGUUCACUACAUGGUGUUCAUGGCUCUUCCCUACACUGAGGUCACCGGGCUGCUGUGGCAGGUGCAAAUGCAUUAUGAGAUGUUCUUCAAUUCAUCCCAGGGCUUUUUUGUGGCAUUUAUCUACUGUUUCUGCAAUGGAGAGGUGCAGGCGGAGGUCAAGAAGGCGUGGUUAAGACGCAGCCUCGCUCUUGACCUUAAACAGAAAGCCAGGAUGACUAGCAGCGGUGGCGGAGGCAGCUGUUACUAUGGCGGCAUGAUGUCACACACCACCACCCACAGUGUCAGUUUGUCUGCUGCCAAUCCCAGAGCCCUCUCCUUCACUGGAGGUGUAGUGGGCUCUGGUGGUGCAGGGUCAGGGGUUAGGCCAGCACGGUACGGCUCUCUCCACCCAAACACCAGCCUGCCUGGAUACAUGCCCGGUGAUACUGAGACCUCAGAGCUGGCCAUGCAGAAACCAGAGGGGACGGAAACUGGAGUUUUUGCCAGGCAUGCCAGAGCCAGCAAGGGAAAUCAUGACACCAAAAGUCAUGGAGCAUCUCCGGUUCGAACUCCUGGAACAGAAGAUCCAGACAGCUGCUUAUCUCUGAAAGAGCUGGAGACCAUCUUGUGACUGUUUCGAUGAACUUGAGUGAGGUGUUGAACUCAAGGCAGAUGACGGGGAUGACUUUUUCUGACUUCACCUGACUAGAGUGUUUAUUUGUAAAACCUCAAUGUUAAUUUGCAGGCCUGGUGACCAUAACCAGAGCGGACAAACUAAGGCUUUACUUGUGUUAAGGUUAAACUUCUUUGAAGGUCAAACCAGAACUUUCACUCUCGAAAGUGACAGAUUUCCAGUGGAUCUGUUUCAUUUUUGUGUGAAUUGUACAUUAAUUUAAAUAUGCGUUUAAUUAUUGUGAAAGAUAGAAUAAGGCCUGAUAAUCAGUGAAGAUGUGAUGCUGCAGGGAAUUUAGAGAAGUCAAAGGACAGAACUGGAUGUUUAAACAAGGGAGACAUUUUCUGUGAUUCAUCUCCCUUUUCACAUCUUUCCUGUGUUUGAUUUUCCAGCCAGACUGGCUGACC